GCAUUGAAUUUUCCCAUUCAUUCGCAAGCCUUAGCACAGUUUACAUCAGAAAAUUUUCGCUUCGAUUCGAGCCCUAGACUUAUCUGGCAAUGAACCAACCUUUACAUUCCGAAAAAGUGCGUCCUAUCGAGAAGAACCAACCGCGGAAGUAGCCACCGGUGGACGAUUCAUACAUCGAGCAGUAGAGAAGUUGAAAAAAUGUCUCAUCGAUAGAAAAAGUGACGAAGAAUCAGUUUUAUGAAAUUUUGGAAAACCAAUCAAGAAAAAUGAGUACCCCAAUCGUGAUAAACGUUCCAACGAAAUACAUCCCGAUCCAUUUGGCCCCCGUUAAAACGGAAAUCAAACCGGUGAUCUUCGGUUCGGACGACGCUGACGAAUCAACCUCCUCGAUGGAUGAAUUCCUUGUGCGGGGCAAGAAACGCCGUCUGGACCAUCUAACAUGGGAGGAAAAACUCCAGCGGAAGAAAUUGAAAAAUCGCGUCGCGGCACAGACAUCCCGUGAUCGCAAGAAGGCAAAAAUGGAAGACAUGGAACAAACCGUCCAAAACCAAGCGGAACAAAUCAGCGAACUCAAGAGUAAGUGUGAUUUGUUGCAGGCGGAAAAAGAGGCUAUCCACAGCAAGUAUCUCGAUCUUGAGAGUCGUUUCGAAGAGCUGAAGCGACGCCUCGACGAGCAACAGCAAAACCAAUCCCAGCAGCCACAAACAACAAGCGCCGUCACGAUCAAGUCCGAACCUAAUGCCGAAGCCUCACACAGUGUUGGCUCUGUUUCCACCCUACUAGGAUCAGCAGCAUCCGCCCAAACCCCUCAGCAGCAGACCUUAUUCAAUGGAAACACAGACGACACUGCGUCAGGAACAGGACAGCGAGAAGUUGGCGGCUCUGUGGAAGAUAAUUGCUCUUUGCCUGCUCUACAGGACAUGCUCGAAGAGUUCGACGUGUCCAAACUCGAAGAGCUCGCCGAAAGCUUGCUGGCCGACGUCACAAGUGAGCUGGAAGGCACUGAUCGAGGAAGCCUCCCGACAGAUGCCCAAGAUGCAGGCCCCGGCGGCCGAAUGCUUGGACCAGUGGUGGGGACCUCAUCAGAACGGCUGGAACCCGGCCAAGAAACUGAUCAAGGAAGCAGCCUAAUUCUGAACACCCACAAUUAUUCCAAAUCACCCUUUCACGUAGAAACACCACUAUCUGGAGAGAAUCAGCAGUCUGGGUUAAACCAGCAGACAACGGUCUUCGGAUCCUACGACGACGCAACGAAUUGCAUCACAAUUGUGUUGAACGAUGAUGAAAUUUCUCUGGAAGAAGAAGUCAUCUGUGAAGAGUCCGAAGAGGAAAUGGUGCACGAAGCAGAGUUCGAAAUAAAAUUGGAACCAGUGCGGGAACUGCUUUCACCAAUUCCGAGCACCUGUUCCAAUUACUCUUCGGCGCCAAGCGACUGCAGUCGAAUGCAUGUGGAUGAGGAACCACAAAAAGUGCAAAAGAUCCCUCCCUCGCCACAAUCGUUCAUUUCCGAUGGGGGAUACGAAUCGUUAAGUUCUCCCACUUACUCCACGGAUUUCAACAUGAGUGCGCUGGACGACUUCUGGAAUUUGGAUCUGUUUCCCAUCUUGAGCUGAACGAAAAGCCAAUUCGAGACGAUUGUAAAUAGUUGUGAUGUACAAAUUUGUUAGUAAUUGCGAAGAUCUUUAUUUAAAGUUAAUAUUGUUAGCUCUAUUUCGUUAGGUUUAACUUAGACUGCUGUAAAUAUUAGUUUGUAUUUAGUGCUUCACGAAUACUUAAUGUGAAAUGUUCUCUAAUCAGUGAUAGUUUAUAGCCAAACGUAGAAACAUGAUAACGUUACGUUUCAAAAUUGUGUGCACGAUGUGAACAUGUUUUAAUAUUUUCAUUUUGGAAGAUUCUGCAUUACCUUCAAGAGGGUGAAUAAAAUAUACUUGAAAAUGAUAAGCACAA